ACCGUCAGCGUCCCACAAUCCUCUGCUCUCGGUUCCUCUUUCCUCGCUCAAGAUGGCGCUGCUCGCGAUACCUUCCUGGCGCUGGGCAGCUGCGGCGGCUGCUUUCGAAAAGCGUCUGCACGCCGUGAUACCGAUCCGGCCCCUAGUCUCUGUCUGGGGCCCAGGUCCGCAAUGGAGGUCACGUCAGCUCGGCGGCUCGGGAACUGCUGGAAUCUCCCAGAUCUCAGAGUCAUUAAGACAUACCACGUGGCAGAGACUAGGAAAAGGCAAUUCAAGACAGUUAUUAGACGCUACAAGGGUUCUUCAGGUAUGGCCACUGAUAGAAAAGAGGACAUGUUGGCAUGGGCAUGCAGGAGGAGGACUCCACACAGACCCGAAAGAAGGGUUAAAAGAUGUUGAUACUCAGAAAAUCAUAAAAGCAAUGCUCUCUUAUGUGUGGCCCAGAGACAGGCCAGAUCUACGAGCUAGGGUUGCCAUUUCCUUGGGAUUUUUGGGUGGAGCAAAGGCUAUGAAUAUCAUGGUUCCCUUCAUGUUUAAAUAUGCUGUAGACAGCCUCAACCAGGUGUCGGGAAACAUGCUGAACCUGAGUGAUGCACCAAAUACAGUUGCAACCAUGGCAACGGCAGUUCUCAUUGGCUAUGGUGUAUCAAGAGCCGGAGCUGCCUUUUUUAAUGAAGUUCGAAAUGCAGUAUUUGGCAAGGUAGCCCAAAAUUCAAUCCGAAGAAUAGCCAAAAAUGUCUUUCUCCAUCUUCACAACUUGGAUCUGGCUUUCCACCUGAACAGACAGACAGGAGCUUUAUCAAAGGCUAUUGACAGAGGGACAAGGGGUAUCAGUUUUGUCCUGAGUGCUUUAGUAUUUAAUCUUCUUCCCAUCAUGUUUGAGGUGACCCUUGUCAGUGGUGUUUUGUAUUAUAGAUGUGGUGCCCAGUUUGCACUGGUGACCCUUGGGACACUUGGUGCAUACACAGCAUUCACAGUUGCUGUCACACGGUGGAGAACUAGAUUUAGAAUAGAGAUGAACAAAGCGGAUAAUGAUGCAGGUAACGCUGUCAUAGACUCGCUGCUGAAUUAUGAAACUGUGAAGUAUUUUAAUAAUGAAAAUUAUGAAGCACAAAGAUAUGAUGGAUUUUUGAAGACAUAUGAGACAGCUUCAUUGAAAAGUACCUCUACUCUGGCUAUGCUGAACUUUGGUCAAAGUGCCGUUUUCAGUGUUGGUUUAACAGCCAUAAUGGUGCUCGCCAGUCAGGGAAUUGUGGCAGGUACCCUUACUGUUGGAGAUUUAGUAAUGGUGAAUGGACUGCUUUUUCAGCUUUCAUUGCCCCUUAACUUUCUGGGAACUGUAUACAGAGAAACUAGACAAGCACUUAUAGAUAUGAACACCUUGUUUACUCUACUCAAGGUAGACACCCGAAUUAAAGACAAAGCGAUGGCAUCUCCCCUUCAGAUCACACCACAGACAGCUACGGUGGCCUUUGAUAAUGUGCAUUUUGAAUACAUUGAGGGGCAGAAAGUCCUUAGUGGAAUAUCUUUUGAAGUUCCUGCAGGAAAGAAAGUGGCCAUUGUAGGAGGUAGUGGGUCAGGGAAAAGCACAAUAGUGAGGCUGUUGUUUCGCUUCUAUGAGCCUCAAAAGGGUAACAUUUACCUUGCUGGUCAAAAUAUACAAGAUGUGAGCCUGGAAAGCCUUCGGAGGGCAGUGGGAGUGGUACCUCAGGAUGCUGUCCUCUUCCAUAAUACCAUUUACUACAACCUCUUAUAUGGAAACAUCAGUGCUUCACCAGAGGAAGUGUAUGCAGUGGCAAAAUUAGCUGGACUCCAUGAUGCAAUUCUUCGAAUGCCACAUGGAUAUGACACCCAAGUAGGGGAACGAGGACUCAAGCUUUCAGGAGGAGAAAAGCAAAGAGUAGCAAUUGCAAGAGCCAUUUUGAAGGACCCCCCAGUCAUUCUCUAUGAUGAAGCUACUUCAUCAUUAGAUUCAAUUACUGAAGAGACUAUUCUUGGUGCCAUGAGGGAUGCAGUCAAACACAGAACUUCUAUUUUCAUUGCACACAGAUUGUCAACAGUUGUUGAUGCAGAUGAGAUCAUUGUCUUGGACCAGGGUAAGGUAGCUGAACGUGGUACCCACCAUAGUUUGCUUGCUAACCCUGGCAGUAUCUAUUCAGAAAUGUGGCAUACACAGAGCAGCCAUGUGCAGAACCAUGAUAACCCCAAAUGGGAUGCAAAGAAAGAAAAUGUGUCCAAAGAGGAGGAAAGGAUGAAACUACAAGAAGAAAUUGUCAACAGUGUGAAAGGCUGUGGAAACUGUUCCUGCUAAGUCACAUGAAACCUUUUGUUUUCUUUUCUUCUCUUUUCUUUUCUCUUCUUUUCUUUUCUCUUCUUUUCUUUUCUUUUCUUCUCUUUUCUUUUUUCUCCCUCCCUCCCUUCCUUCCUUCCUUCUUUCUCUCCUCUCUUCCUUCCUCCCUCCUUCCUUUCUUUCUUUUUUUUCUUGACUGACUACACAUUUGCACUGAAGCAGAAUUGUUUUAUUAAAAAAAAUCAUACAUUCCCAUUUUCUAUAAUCCUUCUU